AUGUCUGGUCAUAAGCAAAUUUAGCGUAUUAACUUGUAAAUCAUUAAAACCUACAAAUUACAACGCUUUCCAAUAAUUUCAAUAUGUCUAGACCAUCAGCAAGGGAAUGAACGUUUGUAUUUUGGGACAUGUGAGGAACCAUCCAAUAGGUUAGUGUCAUUUCAUGAUUUGAACUUGUUUGUUAAUAAAGCUUUUUAUUUUCUUCAUAGGAACACUCAGGAAGUCUAUUAAGGUCUUAUCCCCAUCAUGUAUUACGCUUUUUAUAGAAAUCAAUUUACCAAUAUGACAUUUUUUGGACCUCCUGGUAUAUCUCAGUUUAUCAUGUAAACCAAAUAUAUGCUUGGAGUACGAUGUCUAGCCUUUGGAGCAAUGGAUUUGAAUAAGGAAAUGAUAAUAACACAAUAGAAAUUUGGAAUAGGAAAUAAAAUGUAAUUCUUGGAUUUGAUCAAAACUUCAGUCGAGAGCCAGACUCCUAAUUUGAAGUCAAUUAAUUAAUUUGUUCAAGAAUAAACUCAUCAAUAUGUGGUUCCAAAAGAAUUCGUAGAUUAAAAUAAACAUAUAGCAUUGCAAUUUUCUAAAGUAAAAUCCUUGUUUGGAAAUAAGUAAAAACUUAUAUCUAUAUCCCUCUAGUCCUAAUCUUACUCAAUAUCUAGUGACAUUUAAAGUUGAGUAACAAAUAGAUUUUGAAAAAUGUAGAAAUCUGAACAUCCCACUGAGUCGGAUUCCUGAUAUAAAAGAGGGAAGGUACUCUUUGAAUAACAGAUUAGUGAAAUUCGAAGAAUUGAAUAAAAUUAAUCCCUAAUUGCUGUAAUAAGCCAUACUCCUUUUGGAUUUUAAGACUGAAGACGAAGUUGUAGACUUUGCUUCAAACAUCUUUGAUUAAUUACGAGAUGAAUUAAAAAUAUACAGAGAAGAAUUUAAUAAAUACAAUUAGAAUCCAGAUUUGAAUCAGACACUCGUAAUUGUUCAUUAUGCUGAUAAGCAAUUGUUGGAUUCGGAGAAAUAUCAAAAUAUAAUUGAAAACCUUAAGAAAUUAGAUUAUAAAUUAGUCCAUAUUAUAACUUCCCAAGAAUAUUAUUGUGAGUUGGAUAAUGUAAGUAAAAUGGACUUGGGCAGAGAGAACUUUGGAUAUUAUUAUCUAGAUUUUUUAAAAUUUAUGAAAACCAAUUUGCCUGCUUUAUUUAGAGGAUAAGAAUAAGUUAAUCAAUUUCAAAUUAAUAAAAAUAUGACAAAUCUCAAAUCAUUAUGGCCAAAAGAGUCAAAAUAUAUUCCUAUGAGAAUGAAAACAAUUUAGAUUAUCAGUGGAACCCUAUAUUAUGAAGACUUGAAAGUCAAGAGAUAGAUUUCUUACUCAAUGUAAAAAGAAGAGAAGUAGUUAUUAAUUAGUUUAUGUAAGGACAUUUCAUAAACCUAAAAUAAAUGCUAUGAAGUUUUGAUGUUAGGAACAUCAUCUUCAAUUGAAAAUUAAUCAAGGAAUGCGAGUGGAAUACAUGUUAAACUCAAUAAUAUUGGAAUAUUGAUGGAUUGUGGAUAGAAUACUUUAAAUUAGUUUUACUUUAGUUGUUAGGAUGAUGAAGAUUUCAAAUAGAAAAUAAGCGAUGUAUAAGUCAUUUAUAUAUCUCAUUCUCAUAAUGAUCACCAUUAAGGUCUAUAUGAUUUUAUUAAACAUAAGUGUGCUUUGUCAAAAGAACCAUUUUUUUUGUUGCUUCCAAAGCCAAUUUAUUUAUGGUACUCUUAAUUAUUUACAAACUUAUUUAAAGAAGAAUUUGGGAUGAAAAGCUAUGUUAAUUAAAUCAAAAUAGUAUACACAGAUGCUUUAAUCAGUUCAAAUGUUUAAGAAAAGGUUUAAGCUAAAUAGAAAAAAUCGAUUAAUGUAAAUCAGUUAGAAUCUGAGGAAUUUCCUGAAAUUAAUUACUUAUUUAAAUUUGAUAAUAAUUUAAAUAAAACAGAAUUUUAGGAAUUUCUUUAGUAUAAAAAUAUACAAUUAGAUAUAGAAAUGACUUAGCAUUGUUAAUAUAGUACUGCAAUUAAAUUGGCUUCAAAUGGGAAAACGUUAGUUUAUUCAAGCGAUCGCUAGGGACAACUUAGUAAAUUCGGUACCAAAUUUUCUAAAUUUGCAAAAAAUUGUGAUCUUUUAAUUCAUGAAUGCACAUAUCCUGAUGAGAUGGUUGAAAAGUAAUUAAUUUCCAUAUUUUAUUAUAGAGCUUUAUCUGCUAAACAUUCUACGUUUUUAUAAGCUUUCUUCAAUGGAUACUAAUUGAAUGUAAAGAAUUUAGUAAUGACUCAUUUUACAGAAAGAAGUCUUUUCUAAUUAAAGUAAUUCUUUCAUGCAGAUGGAAAGUUAAAUAUACCUGCAUUCAAAAAAUUAUUAGAAUCAUGGCCACUUGCUUCUACCUUGCCAUUUAAUGUUGAUGAUGCAGUCCAAUAUUUAGAAAAUAAUGUUAUAUUUGCUUGUGAUUUUAUGAAUUUCGGAGAUGGAAAUGUAGAUAAAUUAAGCAAAAUAUCCCGUAUAAUUGUAAAAAGCCUUCUUCCUUGA